AUGAAAGGCGAUGUUGCAUUUUCAUCCGGAUUUACUAUGAUUCUCAACGCUGCUAUUAUUGUCGCUGGCAAAGAUUCGUUGAGUAUUGGAGCUCAAACGGGCAUUGGUGUCGGGAUAACAUUUAUAUGGGCCGUGACAAAUGCACUACGUAUCGAUCAACAAGGCUGGCUUAAUAAUAUCGCUGUUAUUCUUCAAAUUAGCUCGGCAAUUAGCAUUGUUGUUGUUCUCCUCGUCAUGGUACCUCAACGAGCUACUGCUCAAGAUGUUUUCACAUCCACAUACAAUGGUACCGGCUUUCCAUUUAUAUACGUUUGCUUUAUUGGCAUCCUUCCAGCACCUUUUUCAUUCUCCGGUUAUGAAGGUAAUAUUUUUGAGAGUGAACAUUCUGUGUCAUCUUCGAGUUUUGUAGCCGGUGCUCAUAUGGCCGAAGAAACUCGGGGUGCUGACCGUGCAGUUCCAAAAGGAAUCGUGUGGACUUGUGUAUGUAGCGCUAUUGUUGGCACUACUUAUUUACUCGCUCUACUCUUUGUGAUUCCGGAUGUAGCAUCAUUUGUGAACAAUAACAAUAGUGAUAAUACCACGCUCAAUUUAGUCGUUGCUACCUACCAAGUGGCUGUACCCCAUCAAAAUGCACUUGGACUGAUAAUUCUUCUCCUACUCAAUAUAUACUUUGCUGGUCUGUCAUCAUUAACUGCAAGUAGUCGAAUUGGGUAG